UAGUGUUUUACUUGUUGAAUGAUAGUAUCUGCUGCAUAUCUUUCUGUCAACUGUGCAGAAUAAAUAAUCCACCUAUCCAUUUCUCUGGAACAACAUAACAGUAAUGUCAGCACUCGAAUGGAGCAGCAUUUAAAUUGUGCCAUCUAGUGGCCGCCGGUGCGCAAAAACACUUGAAUCCCCCCAUAGAGAUGAGGAGUAGAGUUAGCCUGUUAUUAUACUGGAUAAGGGAAAUACCUACAGACUGUCCUCGCCUGCACUGGCGCUGCCUCAUUAUCAUGUAGCGGCACUGCUUGCAGUACCGCAGACUGGGCACAAGGUGGCAUCGCAGCUCCCGGACAUGUUUUGUAAACAGUGAAAGUGAAAGUGCCCGUUGCACCCUGUCAGCCAGUGCCGCUGCCGUUGCCAGUGCCAUCCAAGUCACCCAAGUGUGCCGCCCGCCGGCCGGGGGCCUGAUCAUGUCCGCACUACUGCUGGAGGACCCGCUGGCCAUACACAGAGCCCAGCCAGGGAAACAGCAUGGGCCGGAGCAGGAGGAUGAUGUCAGUUUCCUGCUGGUGGAUGACAAUGAGAACCUGCAGGUGAAAGACGUAUCAGACUUCAUGAAUAAGCUUGGGUGUUGUCAACAGCAACCUGUUAAAGUUCUCAGCAUUUUUGGCAACACUGGAGAUGGGAAAUCCCACACCCUCAACCAGAUGUUUUUUGAUGGUCUUGAAGUCUUCAGUACCUCCCCCUCCCAGGAUUCCUGCACCGUUGGAGUGUGGGCUGCAUACAACCCAGCCUUGUCUCUUGUCCUCCUGGACACAGAAGGUCUUCUGGGAGCCACUGACAGACAGAACCAGCGGCUGCGCCUUCUUCUGAAGGUACUUGCAGUGUCUGACUUGGUGGUCUACAGGACAAGAGCCGAGCGGCUACACAACGAUAUGUUCCAGUUUCUGGGGAAUGCAUCCCAGGCUUACCUGAAAUUCUUCACCCCUGAACUGAAAGCCUUGUCAAGUCGCUGUGGGCUGGAAGUGACCUUAUCCAGUCUUGGACCGUCACUCAUCAUUUUCCAUGAGACCUCUCGGACAGAUCUGCUGGGCCAUGGAAGUAAGGUCCGUGGCCAGGCAGAGACUGAUCUGCUGAAAAGAUUCCAUGACCUGGGGGUACCGCCUGAAGCUUUUAGCUCGGUCCAUUAUGUGGGGACAAAGACUGUGAUCCCACCUACUGACUUCUUCCAGCUAAAGGAGACAGUGAAGAAGCAGGUGAUGGAUACGUCCACUCGCUCAUCCAGACCACUGUCCCAUGUUUUCACAGCCCUGCAGAGUCUGAGCGAGCGCUUCUCUGGGGAUAUUCCAGAUGAGCAGGUUCAUAUCACCUCCUUCUUCCCAGAUGAAUACUUCACUUGUUCCUUGCGUUGCUUAAGUUGCCGGUCCCGCUGCAAGAACAGAAUGAACCACCUUAAGGACAGUAUCCCCCACCAAGCAGAUGGUUUGUGCCAAUUUGCCCACGAGUAUAAUAAUAAAGUUUUAAUUUGUAAGCGGUGUUAUGAGAGUGGCCGAGAGAUGCUCGUUAUCCCAAAAACUGUGGCAUCCACAGACAGCCCCUGGAUGGGCUUGGCCAAAUACGCCUGGUCUGGGUUUGUCCUGGAAUGCCGUGUCUGUGGGAUAAUCUACCGCAGCCGUCAGUAUUGGUAUGGAAAUCGAGGCCCUGAUGGAUCAGUCAUACGACAGGAGGUUCGACACGUCUGGUCUGAGGGCGACUCUUGCUCACUGGACCAACACAAUGCAGCUCAGCGCGUCUUGGAUGGGGUGAACCUAGUAUUCCAGUCUGUGAACGAAUACAGUUUAGGACCCACGCGUACCGCUACCUCAUGGCUGACUGACAGAGUGGCUCCAGCUUAUUGGCGACCCAAUGCAGAGAUUUCAGAGUGUCACGGAUGCAAGAAAGGCUUCCUCCCGGCUGAGCGGAAACAUCACUGCCGAGCUUGCGGAGAGGGCUUCUGUCACAACUGCUCCAAUCAAACUAUGCCCGUUCCUGAGAGAGGCUGGGGGCCCUCUCCUGUGCGUGUUUGCAAAAAGUGUCACAGUAAAGGGCCUGUGAAAGGUCAGCAGACAGUGGAAGAUAAUGGGAAUAGUCUGAUACCUCGCAAAGUGACGGAGAUGGCUCAGAGCUCUCUGGACAUGGUGUCUUCUGUGAUGGAAUAUCCUCUAGGUUUUGUGAAGGAAGCUGCGCGCCCCAACUAUUGGGUGUCAGACCAGGAGAUCUCGCAGUGCCACGGAUGCAAAAAGCCAUUUACACCUAAAAUGUCCAGGCAUCACUGCCGGGCUUGUGGCCAGGGUUUCUGCCAUCUGUGCUCGGAUGCUCAGCGACCAGUCCCCUCUCGGGGGUGGCAUCAUCCAGUCCGUGUGUGUCGGGGCUGCAGCCUGAAGAAGGGGGAGCUGUGAGAUCGGUGUUGUCUUGUGUGUUGGCUGAUCACAACACACUGAGAAGUGACGGAGCUCAUAAGAGACAUGGAGGGUUAUAACUGGGAUUAUAGAGCCUUGUGAGAACCAAGACUUGUGACCUCUAAUGAUCAUAGUAGCAAGUCACCUGUGAUAAUUGUCUAUUGCUGCGCAAUGACUUUAAUUAACUUCAUUACCAUCAUUCCGAAAUGGCCUUGGAACGUCUACAUUUGAUUGAUUCUCUUGAGCUAAAGCAGGACUAUCAAUGAAACCUAGAAGCUGAACUCAAGCACGGCAUUAUCCGCCAUCCUUAGCACCUAUGACCUUCCUUCCUAGCUCAUAGGCUAAAGGUCCUUACACAUUUGGCGACAUCGUUGAUAGAUAUGAACGAUAUCGGUCAAAAAUUAACGAUAUAGCGUUCAGUGUGUAUGCAUCAACGAUGAACAAUGCGCGUUCUCGCAGUCGUUCAUCGUUGGUCGAUCAUCUCUUAUGCGUGCAAGCAAUUUGGAUGAUAUAGAUGUAAUGUACUGUCAUAUUGUCCAAGUCGGCCAUCGAUAUCUUUCCAGUGUGUAUGCAAAAAUCGAUAAAAACAAUAAUAUCGUUGGUCGCAAAAUCGCUGAAAUCAGCCAGUUUGUCGGGCCCUUAAGUCACUACUGGAAGAUUUGGUAACUUAAUGAAAAUCUUUUAGACAUAAGCACUAACCAGCGUUGUGAACUGCAAGUAGAUCUGUUGAGAUUAGUGGCUGACCAAUCUUUCCUUGGUAAUUACCUGCUAUUAGGAAUAAGUUAUUGAUACCCGUUAAUAAUAAUGAUGAGCGAGCCUGAACUCUGCUAUGUCAGGUCACAUCUUUCAUUGCAGACACUGCAGAUCUGGAGAUCGAUCAGGAGAUUUCUUAAAAAAACGCUGGGCACUUUAUGUGGGGCUGCAUUGUACUCAGUGACACCCCUGUAACCUUACACAGUCCAUUAAACCUACACAGAAAGGCUUCUUUACACAUUCACAGUAAUAGAGGUUUAAAAAUUCACACAGAUCAUUACAGAACUGACAGAGCGAGGGUGCCUACGAAGUUGCUUAUCAGCCAUGUUAGGCUUUACGAGGCAGAUUCGAUUGCCGUCGGGUUUUGGUAUUCAAUUGCUGGACCUAAAUUGAGACACCGUGAUCUCUAUAGUGUUUUUUCUCUCAUCUCCAGAGCAAGUCUGAUUUUGCCUAAAAUUGUUAAUUUUAGGAAAAAUCACCGGGACUUGCUCUGGGACCCCAGUGGCACCCCUCAGUCUGUAAUUACUCACCUUCCAAAGAGGUGACUUCUGCAACCAGCUUCAGAAGCCGGUACUAUGCAGCAGGGUGAGUAUGUGAGGUGUGUGUGUUUAGGCAUGAGCGUGUGAGUGAUUACCCCAUCCCCUCGUGCAGCAUCCUGUCCGCCCCCCCCCCCCCCCCAUUACCCCCCAAAGCCGGCUGCUGGGCAACUACAGCUCCCAGCCGCUCCCUUCACAGUUGGAAGAUGGAGGGGAGACCACCAGGAGCCGCGGAGAGCACCGGAGAGGUGAGUAUUUUUUUUUUUUUUCACGCGUCAUAGGGUUUUCAGCGAUGAAAAUCCUGUGACCAUUUUCGGAAUCCUGCAUAAUAAAUGCGGUAAUCCAAAAUUGAGCGUGAGGUACACAAGUUUUUUUUUACUUACUUCACUAAACCUCGUGCCCAGUGUCCCCCCUACGAGGUUGACCUUUAUUAGACAUAAGAUGCCAUACACGUUUAAUCCAAUCUUACUAUACUAUCAUUUGAUAAUAAGAUUGGAAAAAAAUUUCAUCUGUAGUUGGGCAAACUGAGGCCUUUGAAGCGUGUGUUUUCAUUAGAGAAAUGUCGAUGAUAUAAUAAAUUUAUUUAGCCUUCAAUCAUUCUUAAUGUAAAUGCUUUAAGAUAAAAUCUAAUUGCUGUGACUGUAAAUUUGUCCAUUAUAUAUGAAGGCAGUUGUAUGCUGUGGAAACGUGGAAAAGCGCUGUGCCUCUGGUCAACCUCAGACAGAGUGCCUGAUUCAUUAAGGAUUGCAAAUGCAAAACUGCUCCAAGCAGCUUUGCAUUUGCAGUCCUUAGCAAUGCACCUCCUGCCUGCAUUUGUGAUGCGAUCGCAAAUCAAAUGAACAUUGCGACCAUCAGUUGCAAAGUUCAUCUGCGACGGCCGCCGUAGUGCGGUUUUCGGGGCCAAGGAAACUGCGUCUCGUGACGCAGUCCUUGGCCUCGCCUUUCCCGGAAAAAAGGGGACGACAUGCCUCCAUUUAUUCAAACGCCGGCCGUCCCCCGUUCCUCCCUGCGAACGCCUCUGCCUGUCAGGCAGAGUCGUUCACAUAUCUGCGUCGCGAUCCGUAAUGAAUCGGGCCCAGAAAUCGCAGCAUUGUCUUAUAUUAGUUCUAGUUCCUGCAAGGUUUCAUCAUAUACUUGUGAAUGUUUUUCCAAUAUAAAUAAAUCAAUGUGGAUCUUAGGUUUGGAGGACUGUUAUAGGUACAGGAUGGUAUGAAAAUACAUUUGUGAUACAUUCCCUUUAAAUAAUGUAUGUUUUCAUUGUAUACAGCCUUUGAUGUACAUAAAUGACUUUUUCUUUGCAUUGAUCUUAGAAUAAAUUUCUAGUUUCAGUAA